CUCCCACAUGUAACGUGGCAGCCAGCGAUGGCAAAGCUCCUCAACAAGUGAAGCGUGUUGUCUUCAGUUCCCCGAAUAUUCGCAGCAUGGUUGCGGUGAGCGCGGAGAGUCCCGUGGAUCAGUACCGGACGCUGGCGUACGACACCGCGCUCAGCACUUUACUCGCUGUGCUGGUGUACGUGGUGGUGAAGGUGAGCCUGGACGGGAUCCGCCAGUGGCGGGCUCGGAUCUCGGUUCUGAUCGUGGGUUCGGGUCCGAUCGGGCUGAGCGCGGCUCUGGUCGCUGUCCGCUCCGGCAAGGUGCUGAAACUGACGCUUCUGGAUGAGCGCUACCGGAGCGCGCUGCUCUGCAGACCGCAGCAGAUCGCACUGGACCCCCGCAGCGUCCGCUUCCUCCUCGACCUGGGGGUGGAUUUUGACAACAUGGAAGGCUGCUGGCACAACGAGCACUUCUUCACCAAAAUCGGAGUGUUUCAAGAGUAUUUGUUGAGCAUCUUGGAGCAGAAGAAGCAAAAGGUUGACGUGAAAGUCCAUUUGGGUACAAAGUUUAGCGAGGAGUACCUGAGCAAGAUGCCGAGGGGUGAAUGGCCGCGGGUGAUUGUAGUUGCUGACGGUUCGUGUGGAGACUCCUGCUCGGUGCUGGGCAUCAGCGCUGAUUACAUCGUGGAAUCAUGUCGCGCUUAUGGCGCCAAUGCUACUAUAGAAAGACCGGACCAGAGACAGGUUCCCACACCAGAGAUCCGUGCACAUAGUUUGUAUUUUGAUCUGUCGGCAUACGGGAUCGACACUGUGAAGGAAUCACGCAGCUCCUCUCAGCCGGCAGCGAAGCCUGGAUUCCAUCUGAAGAUUUACGGGACGUUCCGGAACCGCUGCAUGGCUCUGGCCUGCACUUCGGACGCAGACUCCAAAAUGAUGCAUUUCCUGCGCCACACAGCCAACUCUUCAAUCAUGAGGAACAUCUUCCACCAGUCGUUCAACGCGUAUAAAACAGACAUCGAGCCUCGUCUGAGUGAACUCACCCUGCACCACAUGCAGUGCAGCCGCAAGCUGUUCGAGAUCAUGCUGUCGUACAGACGCGUCAGCGCCGCUUACAUCGAAGGAGACAACGUCGCCGUGACUGUGGAAGGAGAAGCUGCGCGAGUGCUCAACUUUGACACCGGUUGUGGUGUGAAUCUGGGCAUGAGAGGACUGGAGUCACUGGGAAUGUUCAUCUACAGAACGGCCACGGCACUGGACCAGAAUGACGUGUUUGAGGCGCUCUCGGCCAAAAUCCAGCACUCCAGACACGUGGCAGAGACUUUCAGGAAGAGCGGACUGGCCUCGGCUGUGUUUGAAUGACCCUGAGCGUGUUUGUGUGACAGAGAAAGAGUGUGUGUGUGUGUUCUGAGGCGAGUUAUAAACUAGAACACGUAAUGCUUACAGAAUUAUGAUCUGUUUUGUGAUCGUUUUUUGGAAUGUUGAGUAUUGAAUUGCACAUUAGAGUGGCCAAAGUUUGCACAUUAGCAUUUAAUUUGUGGGGGAAAAAGUUUAUUGGUGUAAUGUGAUGGUAAAAUUGGUACGUUGUGUUUUUGAGUAGUUUAAACAUCUUGAUAAAAAUAAGAAUUGGAGACUGAUCCAGCCUAGAAUUACCACAAUCCUAAAGAAAACCUUACUGAAGAUACAGUGACCUUUAGACAUAUUUGGACACUUGCAAAAGUAUAAAAGCCACUGCAUUAGAUAAUACAAUUUUAAAGCAAGUGUCCUAAUCAGUGCGGUGUUAGCCUUAUAGGAAUAGUUCACCCAAACAAUUUUCUGAAAAUUUACUCACCCUCAGCU